UUCUUUUCAGUGAAUUUCCGUGUUUUCCUUUUUCGUCAAUAUUCCUGCUCUUUCGAUAAAAAUACAAAUGCCGCGUUGUUUAAUUAAAUCUCUGGCACGAUAUAGUCGGACCAACAGACACGAAGAAGCCUCGAAUUCAACCUUUUGGGUUCCACCAUCAGCGGUCUCAAGAAGAAAAAAAGUCCCAAAGGAAAAUUUUACAAAAUCAAUCAAUUUAUGGAAUUGUCCGAAGCUGUCAAUUGUCACUCGAUAUGGCUUUAAAGACAAUGGCAACAUGCUCUGGAAUACAGAAGUUCCCGAGGAAUUAGGAUUAAAUCUGAUAUCUCUUCAAAAAAAUGAUUAUGAAGAUACUUCAAAUUCUGAGGAAUCACAGCAUAAUCCAGAAAUGUCUGGAAGCUGCGUUGAACUUAUUGAAGAGAUAGAACUCCCCUCUAUUUUAGAAUUAAAAAAAUCUGCACCAGAAGUUUCUACAAAUUUGGCUAAUUUUGAAGGUUUCGAAAAAUUGGUUCAUAUUUCCGGAAAUUAUCAUGGCAAUUAUAAUGAAAUUGAAAACGAAAUUGAAGAAUCUUUGCCGGGUUCGUAUUUGUCUCCUGAAAAAAUUGUAGAAAAGACGGAUGAUGAAGUCGACCAGCCAAGCUGGAAACGCAAUAAAGUUUUGCAUUAUUGCCCCUUUUGUAAUAAAAGCUUUGAUCGUCCUUGGGUAUUAAAAGGACAUCUGAGACUUCACACUGGAGAAAGACCUUUUGAGUGUCCCGUUUGCAAUAAAUCUUUUGCUGAUCGAUCGAAUUUGAGAGCUCACCAAAGAACGAGAAAUCAUCAUGAGUGGCAAUGGAAAUGUGGUGUUUGCUUCAAAGCUUUUUCUCAAAGACGAUAUUUGGAACGUCACUGUCCAGAAGCUUGUCGCAAGUAUCGAAUAGCACAGAAAAAAGGUUCGGAUUAAAUAUUUAUGUAAA